AUGGCGGAGUUUGUUGCGGACUGGAUGGGCAUCAAUGGCAAGCAGCAGCAGCAGCAGCAGCCUCUACCCCGGACGGGCGUACCGCUUUGGGCUCUACUUGAUUGGAUUCACCCUGGGGCAGAAUUGCACUCGGAAGGUCGAGUGUCCAUGGCAACAUGCGGAUGGCGCGCCGUCAGCUGCAAAAUUGGCGGAUGCAGGUGGAGGCUAUGCAGUCAUUCCCGUAUCGCCGGCCAGGAUGGGCACGACGCCAGGCACCAGAAGGCUGCCAUUUGCUGCCGGUGGGCAAUUUGCACUGGCCCAGUGGUGUUGAUGACGCAGCUCGACGAUUGCAGCACCCUCUUUGUCACGCCGCGCAGGCGAGUGGAUGGUGAUGGACGGCCAUGGAUGAUGAUGAUGAUGAUGAUGAUGGCGGCAAUGGUGUUGACGAGCGGUGGGCGUGUCAGUCAAUGCUGGAGAGGCAAGUUGGCUGGCCAUGUGAGAGGGAGUGACAAACAGGACGCGCUUUGGUCAGCCCGUCGUCGCGCUCGCCCUCGCGCUCGUGCUUGCGCGCACUGUGUGUUAGCAACAUUGCAGCCAUCCACACCCUUGGACACCCGACUUGCCUGCAUCAGCAUCACCACCCUGGCCGCGAGACCCUCCCGCUUCACCCUCUCUGAUACGGCCGUCUCUCUAGCGCGCGAACCAAACCUGCUUGCAAUCUACUGCGACACCGCUACUCCCGCUCCCACACACCAAAUUUCCCAUGGGCGGGCUUCCAAUUUCAGUGCGCACCGCCACAGGGCUAAGCAGCCACAGCGGUAA